UUCCACUAUAUAACCGAACUGAAAACCGUGUUCCAUUUCCACCAAAAGCUUUUCACUUUCACUUCAUAUUCGCGCAAUACUCAUAUCAAACGGAGGUUAAAGAGACGGCAUAUCCUCGCUGUCCGCCUUGACCGAGCCACGGCAGCUUAGUCUUGGCCCUCUAAUUUUGCUGUAAAGUUAGAGUCUUUAUACUGUUUUUUCGUUGUAAUAUCAUCAAAUCGAAAUUAAAUGGCUGGAAAACCAUCAAAGGCUGACAAGAAGCUUGCAUAUGAUGCAAAGCUAUGCCAAUUAUUAGAUGAGUAUAGCCAGAUCUUGAUUGUUGCAGCUGAUAAUGUUGGUUCUAAUCAGCUUCAAAAUAUUAGGAGAGGUUUAAGAGGUGACUCUGUUGUUCUUAUGGGAAAGAAUACUAUGAUGAAAAGGUCUAUCAGAGUUCAUGCUGAUAACACUGGCAACAAGACUAUUCUUAACCUUAUCCCUCUCCUUCAGGGCAAUGUGGGUUUGAUUUUCACAAAAGGUGACCUGAAGGAAGUGAGUGAAGAGGUUGCCAAGUACAAGGUUGGAGCUCCUGCUCGUGUUGGUUUGGUUGCCCCAAUUGAUGUUGUUGUCCCUCCUGGCAAUACAGGGCUCGACCCCUCUCAGACCUCUUUCUUCCAGGUGCUUAACAUUCCUACCAAGAUUAACAAGGGUACUGUUGAAAUUAUCACCCCUGUGGAGCUGAUCAAGAAGGGUGAUAAGGUUGGCUCUUCUGAGGCUGCUCUUCUGGCAAAGCUUGGUAUAAGGCCAUUCUCAUAUGGUCUUAUUGUAUUGUCUGUUUAUGAUAAUGGCUCUGUCUUCAGCCCAGAGGUUCUUGAUCUGACUGAGGAUGAUCUCAUUGGCAAGUUUGCUAUUGGUGUCUCCAUGGUCACCUCAUUGGCCUUGGCCAUCUCAUAUCCAACCCUUGCUGCUGCACCACACAUGUUCAUCAAUGCCUACAAGAAUGCUCUUGCUAUUGCAGUUGCAACUGAGUAUACCUUCCCACAGGCAGAGAAAGUCAAGGAGUACCUUGAGGAUCCUAGCAAGUUUGCUGUUGCUGUUGCUGUUGCCCCUGUUGCAGCUGCUGGUGCACCAGCUGCUGCUGCCAAGGAAGAGGAAAAGAAGGAAGAACCAGCUGAGGAGUCUGAUGAUGACAUGGGUUUCAGCCUAUUUGACUAAGUUUCAUAUAGGUUUCUAUCAUAGGACUUUUAGAUUUGGAUUUUGCCCAGAUGUUUUUGAAGAAUUUUAAUGUGUUAAUUUAGCAAGUUUCACAUACAGAUGUUUAAAUCUACUAUUGUCUCUCGAUCAAGUACUUAUGUUUUUCGAUUGAACUUCUUUA